AUGUCCAAUGUUGUUGUUCAACAUCAAGCAAUCGGGGAACAGCACUCAUUUCGUCCCGAGCUCCGAGUUCGCCGAUUUGGUCGACAAGAUUUCGAACGCUUCAAUCAGGAGGCAGCCCGUGGGUCUCACCUCUGUGUGGGAUCAGGUGCUAUCGGGAAAGUCCAAGUCGAGUGCAAAUAUCACUGGAAGAAGGCACAAUGGGGUGUCCUUGGCCUUAGCAGACAUCCGGCCGGCAUUGUCUACAUCGACAUGACGAUUCAUCAGCCCCCGGGGCACGACCUCAGCAACGCCACUGUCCUCAUCACUUUGACCGAGCAAGAUACAUGUAAAGUCGAUGAUGGAGGCCAAUGGAGACAAAGACACGUUCGGACGUCGCUGGAGUCGGACUACGCGGUUCAAGUGACUGACUUCUUUGGACCUAAGUCUAUCACAGGUCCAAAGAUUGUCACUUCCGAGAUCAAACACAAAGUUUUCGAGCCUACUAUAGGAGCUGGAGGAUUCUUCGAACUGGGAGGAAUGGGAACUCGUCAUAGCGUGACGAGAGAGCUUGUCGACAGCUGGACCUUCAAGGGAACGGUAAAGCGGGCAAAAGACGGAGAGGGGUUUAGGUCCCUGGAGUGGGAGCUCAACGAAAGCGAGACGGCCAGCAACCCGUUUCGCAAGCACGUUUUCCAUACCGGCUUCGCUUUCGAGCACAGUGGUCGACCGGUGACUAUGUGCGUCGAAGUCGAGGGUCGACUCAAGAGCAAGAUGCGGCAAAGCAGACACAAGCUUCUGCGAUUCUGCUCAAAGUCGGGCGACACCGAUAACUCGAUGAUCACCGAGAUCGACCUAUCUUCAGUGACAUCCGUCUUCAAGAAACAGCUCGAUGUCAUCGCACAUGGUCUAAACUUGGCCAUGCAGAAGGAGAACCACGAUGCCACCCCUGUAGAGAUGCCACCGCCAAUGCCAGCGACAUUUGCAGAGAUAUCCCCUUCGACAGAAAUCCCUUCCAAAGAAGUUGAUGAGGUGGGAGAUUCGGGAGUGGAUGUUUUGAUGCAGUAUCUCCACCAGCCUGCCACGGUCGAGAUCGUCCGUCAAUCGUCGCCGGUAGAGAACGGAAGCGAAUUCUCUGCGGGUGACGAGACACUCGUCAAUGAUAGCAGCGACCAGAGCGUUCCAGACAAGCCUAUUCGAUCUGUUGGCUUAGUCACUGCUCAGCACGUUUUGAAAGUUUCUGAGGUUGUGGCACUGGCCCUUUUCAAUUGGGUCUUGAUGGUGAUGAAGCUCGUGGGUUCGGGUCAACAAUUGCAGCUGACAGCCACGCCAGCUUCCAUGAAGAAAGUCGGGUCAUCAGAAUACCAUAAGGAUAGUCCGCCGAGUCAGACUGAUUGGGAUGUUGAGAUCGAAGAGCAGUUCACAAAGCCCCCUAAGCGUCUCUUAAGCCCAAAGCUCACGGCGUCCAUCACCGAUGGGCUCCCGCAAGUAAUGGCUUCCCUUCAGAAUGAGAGGAUGUCAGAGCGCAUUCAAGUGCGGCGUAGGGGGAGUAUCUAA